AUGUUCUUGAGUGCCGUGGCCCUUCUCGUGCUCACGCCAAGUGAUGCCGCAAAGAUUAUCGGUGGGAAAGAAGUGACGCCCCAUUCGUUGCCUUACAUGGCUCUGCUGGAGAGCAACACACCGGCUUGUGGGGGUGUUUUAGUCCAUCCACAAUGGGUUCUCACUGCAGCCCACUGUAAUAAUACAAAAAGGGUGCUGCUUGGUGUUCACACCAUUAAUAAAAGGGAGUGCGCUUCUUGGCAGAAACGAAACGUAAAAAAAAAGGUUCCUCAUCCCCGCUUUGAGCCUACGACAAAGGCCAAUGAUCUGAUGUUGCUCAAGCUGGACAAGCCCGUGAAGGAGACCGAGACGGUGAAGCUUUUGAAGCUGCCUAAGGUGGGCAAAGACCCGGCGGGCGGAAGCCGCUGUAUGGUGGCCGGAUGGGGCAAAACGAGCAACUCCGACAAGAGCAUGUCCAAUGUCCUCAUGUCUGUCAACGUGAAUGUGAUGGACAGAAAGCUGUGCAACUCUGCCAAACAUUACAACCGAAAUCCAGUCAUCACUGAGGGAAUGAUAUGUGCCGGUUCUGAUGGUAAAAAGGUGGCAGACACCUGCGAGGGCGACUCGGGCGGUCCGCUGGUCUGCAGCAGAAAUCUCGUGGGAAUUACUUCGUUUGGACCGAAGGUGUGUGGUGUUAAAAAUCCCGGAGUGUACUCGUUUCUCUCAACGGAGCAACUCAAGUGGAUCACAAAAACCAUCAAAGGACGUGCGAUAUAAUUGUCUCUUCAGUCUGCAUUUGUGACAAUUUUAAUAAAGUUGGGAAAAAAAGUA